UUUGGUCUGCUGGGUCAGUCAUCCGACGUUACUUCGAGCCCCGACGUGCCAAAGGGGUAGGCGGGGCGAAUCUACCCAAGUCAACCGGAGAGCAGGUGCUCUCCCAUGGAGCACACACGGGUCCGUCGGUCCCUUCACCGAUUGCGCGAACCAGCGGCUCCGCUGGGAUUGACAAAAGUGCAUAAAUGCGUGUGGUGUCCUACAAUUCUCGUGGUCUCCGAGUUGGUCACACGGCAGCUGACAAGGCCAGGCGCCUUGUUGUUGAUGCUUUGCUGGGUGACAGUGAUGUGCUGUGCAUUCAGGAGAGCUGGCUGGCCAAACAAGACUUGGACAAACUAAAUGACUUGCACCCCGACUUCCAUGGUGCUGGUGAAUCAACUACUGACCUCAGCACCAAGAUCGUAAAAGCCAAUCUAGAGGAGGAAAGACAUUGUACAACCACAUCUGACGUUAUAUGUACAUGCAAGAAGGGUUACUUCUGCGAAGGGGAGCAUUGUAAAGCAUGUCAUCAGUGUGAAGAAUGUGAGUUGGGAGAGGAGGAACCAUGCACACCCAGGAACAACACUGUCUGCAAGAAACAUUCUGGUGCUAAGGACACAGCUGGUAUUGCUAUUGGUGCUGCUGUUGCUGUUGUUGUUGUUGUUGCUCUGAUUUGUGGUGCCCUUUGGUGGAAAAAGAAGUUUUGUUUUGCCCAGAGGCUGGCAGCUGCAGAUCAUCCAGAGCAGAAAAUACCGCUAAAAGGCAUCGACUUGAAGCAAUUCAUAGGCGAUAUUGUUGACCUUCUGUCUUGGAGUGACAUGGUGAAGGUUGCCGACAGGACUGGGAUGGAUAAUGUCCAGGUGGUUCGACACAAGCACGACAAUCCUACUGCAGAGGAGCAGACCAGAAGCCUUCUUAUUGCCUGGAUAGAACUGCAAGGUCUGGACCAAGCCAGUGAGACCCUCUGUCAAACACUCCGCAAGUGUAACUUGAACCAGAAGGCUGAUAAGAUUGAACGUCUCAUCUCGCCAAAAGUUGAUGUCUGAUAGGGCCUGAUAGGUGGCGUCAGAUAUGUACCUAUAUAUAUCUUAGGGAUUUGCUGAUGUUUUGUACCAUAAGAGGUAAUGAAAGGUGUUUUUUCUACAUUACGUAUUGUAUGCUGUUACCUGGAAAAUGUACAGUAUAUAUUUGUGUCUCAUUUCCCAUUCUCCCUCAUAAACUGUUUGUAAUUUAAGAGCUGAAAAUGACCCACAAUUAAUGUACCUGGUUCAUCAGUGACCUGGUUCAUCAGUGACACUUACUGUUUUUGAGUUUGUGAAGAUAAGAAAACAGUCCCUGGAGCGUCUUGUGGGUUAAAAAGUAAUUCAUAUUUUUGGCUAUCUAAUGACCAAUCUAUUGACCAAUAAUGAACAACCUAUACAAUUGAAAAGCCUACAAACACCAAUGCAGCACUAGGAGUUUCUCUAUAUCCCACACAAAACGUGUCAUAGGUCUGAUUGAUUUCAAAUAUGCAAACAAGGUAGAGGCUCUGUCAUUCUGCUUGAUCACCUGGAUUUGGAUGCUAGAAUUGUUCGUCUUGCUUUCUAUAACAUUGCGAGAUAAGGGCAAGGGUCUGCUGUUGUCAUGAGUAUUAUCACUUCGAGCUGUUAAGUGUUGUCAAGUUGGUGUUGAUGCAUCCCUGCCUAUCAUUGGCCCACUCCCCUUAUUCAGAGUUUAAUAAGAUUAGAAGAAGAAGAUGCUCUAUAACUGGGUGAUUUGCCAUUACAUCAUACUCAAGACAUGUAAUAAGCACAAUCUGAUAGUAUUGCCUUUGUUAGUCUCAUCACUGGAUGGCUUAUUGUGAUAAAAUGGAAAAGACGGCAAAUCCCCAACAUUUAUACACUGGAUCAAACAUGCCGUUUAUUUUUUCAACCAUGAAAAUAUUAGAUACUCUGAAAGGACCGUCAAAGAACUCAUUACAUGCAUUCCAGUAGAGUAAGCAGAUGCACAGAUGCAUGCAUUCUUUUAUGGAUGGAAGAAUAUUCCAGUGUCAUGUGGUCAGUUGUAUGUAAUGUUUUUUAUGUAUAUUUCUGUAUUUUUUAAUGUGUGUUUAUUAGUCUAUGUUGAACUAAAUAUAUCUAUUUUUAAAGAGAUAA